AUUUAAAAUUUGAAUGUUUUUUUAUAAAAAAAAAAAUCAUAUAUAUAAAUUUUAUUUAUUAUUGAUAAAGUCGUAUUAUAUCGUGUCAUUUUCCUGCAAUCUUUUAUUCGGCGCAACUUUUCGAUAUCGUCACUUUUACAAAAGUGAAUCAGGUUAAAAAUAAUACUUAAAAUUGUAAUUUUAUUUUAAGAAAUGACGAUGUUACUUACUUGUUAAUGUAUCUUAUCACAAUAUUUCGAUGCAUUGUUUUCGGUGCAACAUAAUCGUCAAGCGACGCAGCUAGACAUACCAUUUUCCACGUAGUUUAGGAACGAGGAAAGUAGUUUUGCAUACCAAGGACGACUGGAUCAUUUAUACGAAACAUGAGAGAAUGCUUAUUAUCGACAUUACGCACAAGUACAAUAAUACAAUAUCAUGACACAUCAUUAUGACAUGUCAUAAAUUGUAAAGCUAAAUUUCACUGAUUACGAAACGACAAAAUGGGCGAUUCUUUUCCGAAAACAAAACUGAUAGACCCUGAAGACGAACAAGUAACUGCGAAAUUAAUGCAAUUUUUGGAAACAUAUAUUCAAAGAAGAGAUCUAUUACAAAAAGACGUGCAUAAAAAACAGAACAAUUUUAGAAAUAUAUUAGUGGAAUUGGAACGUGAAAAUGUAUUAUUAAAAUAUUCUAAUACUGAACAGAAAAAGAUGAUCUCUGUGUUACAAAACCGUAUUUGUAAAUUACAAAACCAAAUUGAUAGUUUGCUGUAUAAAUUGAAUAGCGCUUGUGACAUUAUGAGGAAUAUGCAACAAAAAUUGAGAAAUAGAGACAGACAGCUCAAACAACACGCCAUAGACAAACAAAGAAUACUACAGAGAUGCAAUGCAAAGAUACAAAGAGAAACUGACAGAAUGAUCAAUGAAUCGGAUAUGAAACUGCAUGAACAGCAUAAACAAUUAACGAGCUACAUCAGGAAGAAGGAUGACAAAUUAAAAUUGAUGAAACAAAUAUUGAUGUCCACUGAUGAAAAUAUGUCAGAUGCUAAUGCUGUAUUAAUGGCACCGAUAGCUUUGAAUACGACAACGAAGAUUGCAGAGGAAUCAAUCCCGAUAGUGUCCAAGGAAGAACCUGUCAUGGUAAUAUCCAUUGAUUCUCAAAUUGCCAAAAGCCAUCGCAGCCAGCAGACAUUGCCUUUUUGUACAAGAAUCAAUCUCAAUGAUAUUCAGGGAAAAAUCGCGAAAGAACCAAUCCCGAUGACAUCCAAGGAAGAACCUUCGAGUUCGCAAACUGAGAUCGCGGAAUCCGAAUCAAUUCGACCUACGCGCACUGAUUCUCCUCUCUCUUCACAUUCCGCCACAAUUGCGUUGGCUGAAAUUGCAACUAUUAACAAAUUCAAAUCAGAUAUAAAAAUAAAGAUUAAAACUGACCUCAACAUGCAUACACUAAUGCAUUUCACUACUCAUCAGAUUCCAGUAGUGAAUCCGAGAUAUCGACGAUCGCAAAACGAUAAAUGGAUAAAUCAUCGUUCUGUUGGAAUGGUUCCAACUGGUACAAUCUUCCAGCCACAAAUACAUCUUCAUAAACGAAUCCGAAAGUUGACAAAUCCAAACAAUUUUGCAGUCAAAUCUGCCAAGUACUGCCUUUAUGCGCAAGAACAAGACACAGAUGGCGAACUCGAAACCAAAUUAUAUAAGGCUGAUAUAUUGCCAACGUGUGGAGGAGGAGCACAGAUUGUAUUUAAGGAUAUAGAAUGUUUAAAGCAGAUAUCUCCAACUGCAGCAAAACGACAUAAUGGGCAGAAAACCUGGAAAACAGUUUAGCAUCUACAUAAGUCUUGUGUACAUUGUCAAAAGCUUCUCUAUGUAUUACAACUUAAUUUGUAAAACAGUCGCAGAGUCGACGAUAUUGUUAAUUAUCUGUUUAUCGUAAUUUAUUUAACAGAUAUACUUGAGAGAGUAUUUUUUUCGUCUUUUUGUCUUUCACACGCAUACACAUACAUACACUUUGAUUGAUACUUUGGAAUUUAUGCAACUGACGUUAUUUCGGAGAUAGAAGGCGAAAUAUUUCACAUAUUAGAAAUAACAAUUUAUUUUGUUUUACUUUCAAGCCAUAGAAUAACAUUUGACGCUUUUAUUUCAAAUUACUCUUAUAACAUUAAUAUAGGAUGGAAGAUGAACUCUGUACACGUCGAGAUGAUAUAAAAAAAAAUUAAAAAAAAUAAAAAAAAUUGCGAUAUUAUCUUACACAUGUAACAAAGAGUCUGUUCUUUAUAGCUGAACUAGCUGCGCAGACAUUUUGCGUACCGAUAAAAUUCAAUUUAUUUGAAUGUGAAUAGAAAUUUGUCAUUGUAUCUAAAGAAACAUACUAAUAUAGAUGGAUGUAAUUCUUUACUUAAUUUCUUACACUACAAUGCAGUUGCAUCUAGAAAAAACUUCACUUGUUAAAACAAAUUUUAACUGCAUUACUUUGACAAUAUACAAUUGACAAUCAUAUAAAAGCCUAUAUUUUCCAAACCUAAACAUAUACUCCCUCCUCCUUUCAUCUAUCACACCCGCCAGUCUCAAUGUAUAAUAAAAAAUAUGAUAAAAUAUAUUAAACUAUACCAAUUAUAUAUCAAGACAAUAUAUAAAUUAUAUCAAGUAUCAUAGACAAAUGUAUUAAUUACUAGAGAAUUAGUCGUGUGCGCGCGUUAUAUAAUUGGCUCUAACAAACUUUACACAAACACACGCACACAUACACACUUAUAUAUUAUAUAAAAUUGAUUAUUUAAAAAUAUUGUCUUACGCAACAAUGUGCAUUAUCUUUCAUCACUUUUUUUCAUAAUACAUAAAAAAAAUCGCUCAAUAGUUUUUCCCAAUUCUUAAUAUUUCUUGUUAAAUUAUAAAUUUACAGAUACAUAAUAGAAAAUGUGAAACUAAAGAUUCAUGUAAAAUCUUUAAUAAACGAUAUUAUCGUAGAUAUAUUAUAAGAGUAUUUAUGUGCUUGUGUAUUUUUGAAACAUUCGAAUGAAUUUCUAAAUAUUUUUUUGCGAAAUAUAAGUUAUGGUAUUGGUAAAUUAUCGGUUCCAAUAUCGGAACCGAUAAUUAUCAAAGAGAGAUAUGUAUCGUACAUAAUACCGUUUAUCGAAUCGCUUAAUUUCCUGUAGAUAUAUUCUACAAAGUAACCAGAAUGGCUAUUUGACAUCGAUUCGCGAUAAUCGAAACGUAUAUGACCAAACUGUCUACAAAAUGUAACAUUUAUUUGUGAUGAUUGUAGAUGCAUACAUACACGACACGUGUGUUGCAUGCGCGUGGUGUGUGUCCACACAUAUAAUACAUUGCUCUCGGCAUUACACGAAGUAUAUAUCUCUAUUGAUUACAACUUUAGCGAAACAGCAGACAGUCAUAGCUUCGAGCUAUUAAAAUUACAUCUUAUUAGAUAAAAUGAUUAGGCAAAUCCGGGCAGUUCUAUAAUUGGCAAGCGCCAUAGUGCUUGGUCGAGAUUUAUUGCAACAUUAACAUCAAGCUAGAUAUUUUGUUAUAUGAUUGGUUAAUCAGUCGGCCAAAAAACAAAUUGUUAUUAAAUUUUUACGAGAUAUCAUGGCUAUCAACAGAGAGAAAUAAGAUUGGUGCGACUUGAAACUUUUUAAUCUAUAAAUAACACUGCUUGUCCCAAUUUGUACAUAUUUCAAUGCAAUUAAUUUUCCAUCGAAUUCGAUUCAUUAAACAAUUCAAAAUCGUUGGAUAAUGUUUUUUGUUAUUUUAAUCACGUGCGACGCGCAAAAAGAACAGGGGACAGAGAAAAGAGGAGGCGUUAUUACUUGUUCUGUGAUGCAAAUUUCUUGCACGACUGCAAUUACGUGUAUGUAUAAUAAUGCUAUGUGUACGAUUAAACAUUUUAUAUUUUAGAAAAAAUGUAGAGAAAUUUCAAGCGAGAAACUUGAGAAAUCGAUCAAGAUGAUGACUGAUAGAAAGACUGACUAAAGACACAGUAAGUAAUAAUCGAUCGAGGUAAUAAGAAUCUCGUUGGUUGUAGAAUAACAAUAAACAAUUCCGAUAGAAGUAUAAUGUAUCCGCGAGACACACGCUUGCUUAAAGACGCUCGCAAAUAAACAAUUUGUUACGACGCGCUUCUGUUUGAUCGUGUAUGAACCGCGAGUGAAAGCACUACUCGAGAUGAUAAUCGGUGCCAAGCAAAAUGAACGGGAACUGCGGAGACAAUCAAUUUAUACGACUCUCUCGUUAUGAUAAACGCGAUUUCACUCCGACAUAGUACACAUAAUAUCAUUGUAAUUUCAUUUUUUUUCUUUUUUUUUUUUUUUUUUUUUGGG